AUGACAGUAACUCUGGUGAAAUUGAAAGUAGGGCACACGAGCGAACGGUUGACGAAGAAAAACGCUGCAGGCCAUGACUACAAGUGGACGCUUUAUGUCAGACCGUGUACGCCGACGGAAAAAUUUGUGGACAGGUCUCUUGUACAUAAGGUGAUAUUUAAGCUUCAUGCUUCUUUUGAAAAUCCGAUCCGGGUUGUGCGAAGAUAUGGUAGUUUUGCUAUGGAGAUUGUUGUGAUUUUGGCAAACGAUCGAAAGAAAGAGUACCCAAUACAGUACGACCUACUAAUUACAAACGAUAUGCGCUACACCUCCGACACAGUCCAACGCAUUGCCAUCCAAAACCAAACCCCUGCCCCUUUUCUCGAAGCUCUGAAGCGGUAUUGCAUUGACGGGCCCACCAGCACGAGAGUCACUUCUGAUAGUUCACCUGAACCCACCGAGCGGAGUAAACCCAAUAACAAUCGGCAACCAAUGAAUGGACGUACAACGUCGUCAUUGUUUGAAAACGGAACCUCAAGCUCCUCAAGCUCCGAUUCCUCAUCAGAUUCUACGGAUAGCUCUGACAGCGACAAUGAAAGAAGAAGAAAAUUUCUAAAGAAAAGAACAAAAGAAAUACUAAAAGACAAGGCUCUCGAUGCUCCAAAGUUCAAUUCCCCAAAAGAAAUUGCGAAAAAGAAGCCACUCGAGGUCAAGAAGAAAAUGGAUAAAAAGGAUUUCCUAAAAACCAGCCCUGGAACUUCAACAACAACCUCGAUUACACCUUCAUCUACACCUGGCACUUCUGGAACCUCAAAAGAACACCGGACAACACCCAAUACUCCACCGGAAAUGCCAAAACUGGUCAAACAGGAACGGACGCCACCCCAAAAGAACGGUGGCCUUCGCCUGUCGGAUUUACCACUACUUCCCGACCUCUUCCCCCAAAAAGCUAAAAUGAAACGAAAGGAGCGAGACAAGAAAGAAACGACCCCUGGUGUACCAAUGAAAAAGCCAAAGUUGGAAACACCUCCGGUACUCGAACCAGUCAAAACAAAACCACCGAAAGAACUUCGUGAUGAAAAGGAGACCAAACUCCCCAAACCGGGACAUCUUGAGAAGCAAAAGAACCGCGAGAAGCAUAGCUCUGUUUCUUCAAAGAAAAAAGAAGAAGAGGAGAAGAAAAUUAAAGAAAAAGAACGGUUGGGGCUGAAAGAAAAGAAGCGGAAAGAAGAAGAACGAAAAGCCAAGGAAGAACGGAAAGAAGUGGAGCGCAAAGCAGAAGAGGAACGAAAAGAAGAAGAACGUCGAGUAAAGAAAGAGAGGAAAGAGGAGGAACGGAAAGAGAAUCGUGACGUUUCCAAAGAAGCGAAGAAGCCGAAGCCGGAAUCUUUUAAUAACUUUGCAAAACCGGAUCGGCCGGCCUAUAAAUCCGACCGUAUUGUGUCUUUAAAAAAUCGGGAAGAGCUAGAGAAGAGUGUGACUCGACGAAUGAAGGCAUUCCAAGAAGGAAGGAUCGAUACAAAGGUUCUGUUCGAAAUCUCGAUGCUUCUGGCGAAAGAAGGCCCCGUCAAUUUAAUCGGCAACACCCUGGAAUACAAUCUCUCCGACUACACCACUGCUUCUAUCGAAAAACUGUAUCAACUGUUACGCCAAGUCAAAGUA